AUGAUAGUGGACUUGCGCAGUAUCUAUCACACUUUCUCUUCCCCACUUCCCACCUGGACCCGGUCUCAAGGCAGAGCCAAGAAAACCGGAGGUGAGGGGAGGGCGCAGGUGGCUGGCACGGCCGGACCCGCACCUAGGCGUGCCCCUCCACAACCCCUGGUUCACAGCAUACACUUGACCAGGACUUUUCACUACUACUACUACUACUACUACUACUACUACUACUACUACUACUACUACUACUACUACUACUACUACUACUACUACUACUACUACUACUACUACUACUACUACCACCACCACCACCACCACCACCAACAACAACAACAACAACAACACCCGAACAGGGGUCAGAAGGACGAGGAUGUUGACUGGUCAGCCAUGCCCACCGCCUGUAUACCCAGCGGGUGCGCAAGCGCAUCUACCAGCAGGGAACCAGGGGUCGGGGAACUGUCAGAGCAUACCAGCCCGCGAGAGUCAUGAUUUGCUGGUACUGGCAUAGCACACGCUUUCAUACCUUUAGGCCCGGGAGGAUGACACGCGGCCCUGUAUUCAGUCUGGGUCAUCACUCUUCAAGGUUAGGUAGCCAAACGGUUGUCGACUGAGAGGCACCACCCAUAAAGAAAACACACUCUCCUCACAUGCAUGAGUGUCACAGAUCGCUUGAGAAGGGACCGUGACAGCCUGGCUCCCAGCCCGCCAGAAGUUGAGAAGAAGUAGACGUGAUCGCUGGAACAAUAUCUCUGUAUGCCUGACGCUUCAGAUUCAUGCUGGAACCCCUCAUCAGAGACAGCUUCGUAUACGGAUAAUUAAUGCACAAGGACUUGGAGUAUUUAUAGGAUGCAGUCGAUAUGCUGUCACAUACCAAUGAAAAUUGACGACUCCCACCUUUCUCGAGGGUGGUUGCCUUUGGUGCGAUAAUCAAACCGUCGUGACCGAUGAUGCCCACCAUGUGCUCCACAGCAGUCAGAGAGCAGGGACGAUACUUGCGUGCGAUUUCUUUUAUAGCGAUAGUAGAUUUGCCCUGAAUCUGCCCUCCUCCUCCCCCCCCCCCUCCUACUCCUCCUCCUCCUCCUCCUCGCCUGGACCCGGUGCCAAGACAGAGUCAAGAAGGCCGGAGAUGGGGAGGACGCAGGUGACCGGCAUGCGUAAAGCCGCACCUAGGAGUACCGCCACGCUCCCUGGCCCACAACGUACGGGAUUUUACAAACUCACUGAGUGGAAGGUUAUCGAGCUGAAAAGAGCCCGUUUCUGGAUGCGCUCCUCCAACUGCUAG